AUUUAAAUAGAUGAGAUUGUUAUUAUCUUUGCUACUUCUUGUUGUAGUAAUAAAUUGUAAGACUAAAGAUGAAUGGAAGAGUAGAUCAGUUUAUUAAUUACUAACUGAUAGAUUUGCUACAAGUCAAGGAAAAUCAACUUCAUGUAAUUUAGGUAAUUAUUGUGGUGGGGAUUACAAAGGAAUGAUCUAAUAACUUGAUUAUAUUUAAAGUAAAUAUUAUAAUAAUAUUUAUAGAUUUGGGAUUUGAUGCUAUAUGGAUUACACCUGUAGUUGAUAAUUAUAAUGGUGGAUAUCAUGGAUAUUGGGCCAGGAAUAUGUAUGAUGUAAAUCAUAAUUUUGGUUCGGCUGAUGAUUUGAAAGCUCUUGUUAAUGCUUGUCAUUAAAGAGAUAUAUGGGUUAUGGUAGAUGUUGUUGCCAAUCAUGUAAAAUUAUAUAAUUAUAAUAUAGAUGGGAAAUACAAAUCUUGAUUUCUCUUAAAAUUAUCCUUUCAAUCAAUCUUCUCAUUAUCAUGACUGGUGUGAUAUUACAGAUAAUGAUUUUAAUUCACAUAAUCUUUAUAAUAUUGAAAGAUGUAGAUUAGCAGGUCUUGCAGAUCUUAAUUAAGAUAAUUAAUUUGUUACUGAAUAAUUAACAUAAUGGAUAAGAUGGCUCGUUUAAGAAUUUAAAUUUGAUGGAAUUAGAAUUGAUACUCUUAUGAUGGUUAAAACUGAUUUCUGGUAUAAAUUUUCUAGUGCUGCUGGUGUUUAUACUGUUGGAGAAGUUUUUGAUGGUGAUAUGAAUUUCUUAAGAUAAUUUGUUGGACCUGUAGAUGCUCUUUUGAAUUAUCCUCUCUUUUAUACUGCUAGAGAUGUUUUCCUUCAUUGGAGAGAUAUGAAUACAUUUGAAAAUUAUUAUAAUAGUCUUAUGAAUUCUUGGGGUAAAUAAAAUAUUCAAUAUGCUGGUAAUUUCAAUGAUAAUCAUGAUAAUGCAAGAUUCUUAAAUGAUUAAGUAUAAGGAUAUAUUCCUGAUGAAGUCUUUUUAAGUGAUAAACCUCAUCUAACUUUUUCUGCUUUGAAAAAACUCUAAUUUAAAGCUAUAACUGCCUUUUGUUUAACUUCAGUAGGAAUUCCUAUGAUUUAUUAUGGUAGUGAAUAACUCUAUGCUGGUGGUAAUGAUCCAUAAAAUAGAGAAGUUUUAUGGGGUAACUUAGAUUAGUAAUAAUUCUUUAUUUUAUUCAUAGAUAAUCUGAGAUGUAUAAAUUUAUUCAAGCCAUCAAUUUUGCUCGUAAAAGUACCAAUGCAGGAAAUUAAGAAUAAAUUCAAAGAUACUCUGAUUCUGAAAUUUAUGCUUUUACUAGAGGUACUUUGUUUGCAGCAUUCUCAAGUAAAUAUGAUAGAUAAGUUGUUAAAACUAUCACUUAUCAUCCAUAUUCUGAAGGUAAUCUAUUUUUAUUAAUUUGCUUUUAGGUACCACAAUUUGUAAUAUUUUCUAUCCAACAUCAGAUUGUAUUAAAAUUACCAAUGGUAAGUUUACCCUAUAUUUAAAUUACGGAGAAGUCAAGAUUUUUAUUCCCAAAUGAUUUUCAUACAUUAUUAACAAAAUAUAAAUUUUACCC